AAACAACGCUCGGUCGCCAGCUUAUAGCACAAGCGGUGUGAAUACAGAAGUUGUCCAGGUGUUUAACUGGUAUGUGUGUCAAGAAUCCACAUGUAAAUAACGUAUACACGUAUAUUUAUUUAACGCCAUACGCUUGUCAAGUUGAAUGUGGAGACAGAAAGCAGUUUUUUAAUAGCGCCAGCCUGACGUCAUUUUACCAGAAUGUCAUGCUUAGAGUGGGCUGAGUCUCAACUUGCAGAGAUUGAGCUGCUGACCAGUAUGUUUCCCAACCGCGAGGAGCUGGAGAUCACAGACCAGCUGGCACUAGCUGAGCUCAGGGUCUACGUGGAGGGUUCAGCUUCAAUGGAAACCCCUCCUUCUUCCAGACCUCAGUUUUUCAUCAAACAGAAGCUGGACCAUGCAAGCACGGAGAAGAUGGAAGUCGUUUUAGCCUGCGCUUAUCCAUCCGAGUAUCCCAGUGUGUUACCAGAGAUAACUAUCAGGUGUGCUGGUGUCAGCAGGGCCCAGCAGACAGAGCUGCACACGGAUCUUAAUGCAUACCUCAUGGAAAACUGCCAGGGGGAAGUAUGUGUGCUCUCCGCUGUGGACUGGGUCAAAGACAACCUGCAGGUCUUCAUUAAUAAGAGUUCGUCAGCACCAACGGCCUCUAAGCAAGAGUCUACCUCUCCAGGGCCACAGGAAGGGUUCAGCCGACUGUGGAUUUACAGCCACCACAUCUACAACAAGACGAAGAGGAAGAACAUCUUGGAGUGGUCCAAGGAGCUGGGCUUGUCAGGAUUUAGUAUGCCUGGGAAGCCUGGCAUUGUGUGCGUUGAAGGUCAUCAUUCUGCCUGCGAGGAGUUCUGGUCCAGAGUAAAGGUUCUGACAUGGAAGAAGAUCAUGAUUCGACAUAGAGAGGAUAUUCCCCUUGAUCCUAUGGGAGAGGAAAGCACGGCUGUUGAAAGCAUAGACUCCCUUCGCAAAUUCACUGGCUUUGAAGAGGCAAUGUUUGACCCCCAUGGGAACAGAGGUAAUCACAUGGACCUCGGGCAGCUCUACCAGUUCUUGAAUGAAAAAGGCUGUUGUGACAUCUUUCAGAUAUAUUUUGGCAUUGAAGGAAGGUAGUGUUUAGAUCCAGCCGGGAGUGUAGACAUGCCCACAUGUCAUUGACGUCAAUUCUUAUGUAUUGCAAAUGCUUUCUUAUUUUCCAAUUGAAAGCACAUAAAGGAAUUUUACUAAAUAAGCUUUUCAUAGAUGUUUCUGUAAUUUUGAAAAACUUAGAUAAUAGGCAUGUUUAAUAAGCCUUAAAAGAUCUUUGUAAUAUUUCCAAUUUGAAUACUUUAAAGAUUACAGCUUGCCCAAGGUGAUUAUUUCCCAUAAAUGACACCAAGUUGAAUUACUGAUUUUCAGGUCUGAUAUCACAUUAAUAAUUGGACAACCUAGUCAACAAUAUUCUAGAUAUCUGUUUAUGAAAUCUUUUGAUUUACCUCUUAUGAAUUAUAGAUAACAUAACUGUGGAAAGUCUCCCUCCAAUUUUCUUUGAAGGAUUUGUUCUAUAAUGGGGUUUAUUCUGGAUUACACUUUGGUAAUCAAAAUAUGUGGUUAUUGAAGAUGAAGCUCAUUCUUAGCCAUAUGUGAUUCAUGUGCAUUAUUGCAAUAUAUACUGUAUAUUCUAAUGUGGAACUACUGUAUAUAUGAACAGAAGAAACAAAUUACAAUGAGAGCACCGUACAAAGGUAGUUUCAGUAGUUUGAAGGAAUUGCAUUUAAUUUACUUCCAACCUUGCUUGGGCUACAAUGGCCAGCAGAUGGCAGCAUUAUACCAAGUUGGAAAACCUGAGGCUCGAUGUUGCCCCUUAUUUCUGGAUAAUCAAACAUGUACAAUUCAUAACAUGGAUAAACAGUAUUUAGCUCCACUUGAAUGAUACAACAAUGAUUUUGUUAAAAACUAUUGUAGUGGUUAUUUGAAUCCAAUAUUUCUGUAAUAAAACAAAACAUAACUUUUGUAAAUAUCAAUGUUUAUUUUAAUAUGUAAAAUGCCUGGUGGGCUUUAACAACAGCUAGGCAAUAACACUGAGGUUUUAAAUAGCCCAUACUCCUCUUCAUCGUUUCCUUUGUGUAUCUGUUUA